AUGAAGAAAGGCACAGCUGAUGCAGUCUUCUUUUCUGCAAAUCCUGAAGUUACUAAUUUUCUAGCCCUUCUGGGUGCUCUUUCAAAAGCUUUCUUUCAUAUUUUAAGGUGCGAAUAUGUUAGUAUACUUACGCUGUAUAGUUUUAGGAAGUUUGUGACAUAUCAGAAGUUCAAGAUAUGGCUUUGCCUACUGGCCUUGAUACCGUUCUGGACAGAACAUCAGUACUACUGCAAGUAUUGGCAAGAUAAUCAUGAGUUUGAAGUCAUUCAUGCACAUCUCAAUAGCUUCAGAAUAUAUCAACUGGAAACAUUAAAUACGUGCAUAUUUCUCAUCCCUGUUGGGGUUGGGGAGAUAGUGGGCUCCGGCAAGACAUGUGAGAUUUGCCAACAAGACCUGGAGAAUUACUGCGCCCAAUUGAUUUUUACCUACAACUCCAUUUAUAAAGAUGGGACCAAGACCUAUGGUGGUUAUUCUGAUAUUGUGGUUGUUGACCAGCGCUAUGUUCUUCGCUUUCCUGAUAAUCUACCUUCUGAUGCUGGUGCUCCUCUCCUGUGUGCUGGAAUCACUUUGUACAGCCCAAUGAAAUAUUAUGGAAUGACGGAGCCUGGAAAGCAUUUGGGGGUGGCAGGACUUGGUGGGCUUGGUCAUGUAGCUGUGAAGUUAGGGAAGGCCUUUGGCCUUAAAGUUACUGUCAUUAGUACAUCUCAUAAGAAGGAAUCAGAGGCCAUCAACAAGGUUGGUGCUGAUUAUUUUCUUGUUAGCUCAAAUCCCGAAAAAAUGAAGGUAAGUGAAAGAUUAGCUUGA